CAACCCUGCCUCCCUACCCACCCCACGAUGGCAGAAGAAACUCGACAGAGCAAAUUGGCUGUAGCCAAGACAAAGUUUAAAGAAUAUUGGCAGAGAAAGAGCCGUAGAGUUACAGCAGGAGCGAAGAGGAACAGGAAAACAAAUGGCAGUAUCCCUGAGACAGCCCCUUUUGGUGGUUGCCAGUCGCCUGGGGAUUCAGCAACAGGUUUCCACGGGGAGGGCCCUACAUCAUCGGCUACCCUGAAGGAUCUGGAGAGCCCGUGCCAAGAACCGGCAGUAGUCUGGGAUUCAAGGUCCGUAAAAAUCAAUCAGCUAAAGAACACCAUCGAAUAUUUGAAACAACAGAAGAAAGAACUGGAACAUCACCUGGAAGAAGAAAAGAAAGCAAACAACAAAACACAGAGAGCUGAAUGGCAGCUAGAACAUACGGACCUGUGUCGCACAAAAGGUGUUCUCAGACACUUUGAAGAAGAGUCCAAGGAUCUGGCAGGCCACCUGCAAUGUUCAUUGCAGUGUAUAGGAGAGUUGGAGCGGGCUCUCUCUGCUGUCGCCACCACACAGAAGGAUAUCAGUUUCUCGAGCUGCAGUAGAGAACUUAGCUGGUGGCGGUUAAAGAAAUCCACAGAGGAGAAGGCACGGCUGAAAACACAGCUAACACGGUUGAAGGAGUUACUGACCCAAGUCCAAUUAGAACGAGAUCAAUAUGCUUGCCAAAUAGAAGGAGAGAGGGACCAGUGGCAGCAGAGGAUGAGAAAAAUGUCGCAGGAGAUUGACACAUUGAAAGAGUCAAAACAUCACUAUACGCAUCGGGUAGAGGAGCUGCAGUCCAAACUCAAAAAUCAGAUGGCUGAACCCUUGCCCCCGGAGCCCCCAGCAUUGCCCUCUGAGGUGGAGCUGCAGCACCUGAGGAAGCAACUCGAGAGAGUGGCAGGAGAGCUCCAGGCCCAGGUCAAAAAGAAUCAGUGCAUAAGUCUCCUGAACCGGGUCCAAGAAGAGAGGCUUCGGAAGCAGGAGGAGAGGCUUCAGGAACAGCAGGAGAAGCUUCAGCAGCUGGCCAAGACACAGAGCAUCUUCGAGGAGCUGAACAAUGAGAACAAGAGCACCCUGCAUUUGGAGCAGCAAGUAAGGGAGCUACAGGAGAAGCUGGAUGAGGAGCGCCUGGAAGCUACCAGCCAGCAGGACCAGCAGCUAACAGCCCAGUUGGGCCUCAUGGCUCUCCCUGGGGAAGGUACUGGAGACCGAGAUGGAGAACCUCGGCCCAUGCCGAGCGUCCCAGAGGACCUGGAGAGCGGGGAGGCCACGAGCAGCUUUAUGGACCACCUGGAGGAGAAGGCAGACCUGAGUGAGCUGGUGAAAAAACAAGAAAUACGAUUCAUCCAGUACUGGCGAGAGAGAUGCCAUCAGAAAACCCAUCACCUUUUAACAGAGCCAGGGGGCCAUGCCAAAGAUGCGGCACUGGGAGGAGGACCUCAGGCUGGCCCAGGACAGGGAGGAGAUGAAGGUGAAGCUGCUGGAGCUGCAGCAGAUGGUAUCGGGGCCUGUGGCGACGACAACAAUGGGCACAGAAAAUUCCUGGCUGCUGCCCAGAACCCUGUUGAUGAGCCCGGUCCAGGAGCCCCAGCCCCCCAGGAGCUUGGGGCUGCGGACAAGCAUGGUGAUCUUUGUGAGGUGAACCUCAGCUCCUCUGCGCAAGGAGAGGCCAGGGAGGGUCCUCCCUGUGACAACCCUACUGCACAGCCAAUCGUGCAGGACCACCAGGAGCACCCAGGCUUGGGCAGCAACUGCUGUGUUCCAUUCUUUGGCUGGGCUUGGCAGCCGAGAAGAAGGAGAUAAACAUCAUCAUCAUCAAAGAGCUGGCCAAGAUAUUUUUAAAUAAGAAACCAAGUUAUGGAGUUAAUCUCCAACACAAUUCAUUUAGUUCAUUUGAAUGUUAGAGCCACUCAUGAUUAUUUGUGUUUCUAUUUUAUAGUUUAAGUUUAUUUGUAAAAAGUUAAAAGAGAGUGGGUCUCUGUGGCUUUCACUGAUGUUCACUCUGGCAUCCUUUAGUAUUUUUCUUUUUUAAUUUCAUAAUUGCAGGUCAUUAGCAUGCAUAUCGAGUUUGCCCUUAUGUGGUGGGAAUUCAAACACGCAAAGACCCACUCUUUGCACAAAACUGUUCUCGUUGGUUUGGAAUAGGCUGCCAUGCUUUUUUAAUGUUAUUGCAGCAUGUAUAUUCAUUACAGAAUUCAGAUAAAAUUUGCCUAUGUUCUGCUAGUGUUUGAUCUAAUCUUAAUCACAGUGAGCUCUUCAUUAGCUCUAUAUGUGGUUUGCCCCCAAGUGUGCACUGUUUAUUACUUUGUAAUAUGCCACUAUGAGUACUGACAUUUAGAGUUGUUUAAAGGCCGAGAACUGGAAAGAGCCUUUCCUCCAUUUUCUGUGUAUUGGUGAUGGGAGUCAUAACCUUUUGGGGGAGCUUUUUAAAUCUCACAGAAGAGGAAAGUGGCCUGCUCUGGCAGGUAUGUGCAGGAUAGAGUGUGUUUCAUCUGUUCCGGUGCCAAGAAUUAGGGCUGUAUUAUGGUGGUUCCCUUAGGAUUUGUAUGUGCUCUGGGCUCAUGAAGAUAUUGCAUCAUGAGCUGCAGCAGUUGUACUCUUUUUCGAUGACCUAAAAAGGGAUGAUUUCUGAGGAAUGAAAGGUUCCCAUCAUUGACUGUGCAUGUGGAAAACCUUUCCUAGCUUAGAGCAUUUGUAUCUAUAAUACAUUUUAAAGUCAGAGUUCAUGUUACCUGUUUUAAUCACAUGACUACAUGCCUCAGUACACAAAGGGCAC